ACACUUUCAUGCGCUGAAGGAAUGAGCUUGAAUGCCGUCACCCAAGAGGAGCCCAAGAAGUCCAAACGCUAUGCAGCCAACAUGCAUGACACGCUCCAGCAUCGCCACGAGCUGCUGUGUAGUCCUGGGAUUUCCAUCCGAGCAUUCUGUUACGAUACGGUGCGCCACCAUAUUCUUACCUACAGCAACUGCGACUUGCCCCCCAGUCCGUCGAAGAAUCCGUUGAUUCCGAAUCCGAUCCUUACCGAGCACACCCUCCGCUUGUUCUCGCUGAAGCGCGAGAUCAAGAGCCGGAGGUUGUUUGAUGACGACACGGCAGCAGUGCAGUAUGCUCCAAACGCAGUGACCAUGCAUCUUUUGUACGCCAGCACCCCCGACGUGUUUGUGUGUGUGUACGCCAUGCCGCGCGACGACGUGUGUGGCGUGGAGAUCUUGGAGCCUGCUUCGUUGGACAAGCUGUACCGAUUUCGCGGAGGUGCCUCCAAUAUGAUUCAAUGCUCGGCCAUGGAAGAUGAAAAGUGCGAUCUACUGGUUUGCAGCGAAUUCCCCGUUCUCAAUAACAAGCAAUCGUCCUUUGCCUACGUUAUCGAAGUAUGGGGUGUAAUUCGCACCCACGACAAGAAUGACACGUUAUCUCUUGUCCAAAUUCAACCACGACUAUCGCUGGCGCCGUCAAAAAACCAAGUGGUUAUGCUGGCUGCCUGCGUGACCCGGGUAUUCGGAAUCAUCGUACCCCAUACAAGUGGAGACGACGACCUUGAUCACGGCAAGCAGCGGACAUCGCUGACAGCCUGGGAUCGUUCCACGAGGCAAAUCAUCAAAGUUCAAAAUGGCUUUGACAAUGACCGAAGGCUCACAACCAUUCAACUAUCCAAGUGUGCACAAUGGCUGUUUUCGGGGCACGCCAACGGCACGCUGAACAUUUGGAAUGUUGGCUAUUCGUUGUCCCGACUGUACCAAAUUGGGCCGGGAGCCAGUCCAUACAAGUGUGUGAAUGGCGAUAUGGUACAUGUGGGCGGAGUCACCAGCAUCUUUCCGCAGCCGAAAGUAGACAACGACAACUCGACGGAAAUGGAAAUGGAUUUGUUUAGUGUUGGCAACGACGCCCGUGUCCAGCAUUAUCGCUUUCGAACUGUCCUGAACGGCGAAGGAGACAUCAACGUCCAAUUCGACAAACUCGGCCAGUUUGAACCCGUCGUGCGAGGCGCCUCCGACACGACGAAAAAAAAACACAAGCGCGUGUUCUGCGUGCCCGUGGCGGUGGACAUGGGGCAUUUCACCGAGCAUUUGCUCUUUGUGGCCGCCCGAGACAGCGUUCACGUGCUCAAAAUCCAAAGUCUGGCCGAGAGUGUGUAUGAGUUGCCACAACAUUCGCACUAUGCGCCGCUGACCAUUCUGCACACCGCCAUCAACCAGCCCAUUUCUCCUUCGAUGGCUGCGACGUUAAAUAGCAACAACACGAUCGCGAUUCUUUCGUUUAGUCCAUCUGCGACGUUGUGUCAGACGAUGACCGUUCCCAGUGUGUGGUCAGAAGCCAUCACAUGCUUGAUCGUCCACGACCAUACUAUUGUGCUGGGGUGGUCCACUGGAAAUGUGCAAAUCUUUGAUAAUCAAACUAUGCUGGGACAGUUAUCCGACCCAGUAUUGACCACGAGCGUGGGCUGCAUGACUGUCGUGGCCAUCCCAGUUUCAUCAAAAGCCCGAAAAACACCGUCGCCGACGACCAAGAGUACAACUAGUAGUAGUACAUGGGGCGGCACGUUACUCCGGUCGUCGUCGAAAACGCUGGAGCCGUUGCCACGCACCAAGCAUCCAGACGAUGCAGGGUCAACGUGUGUAUUGGCGGCUUCGGGGGACGGAUUCGUGUGUAUGUGGCGAGUUGCUUCCCUAUCAAGUGCCGAGAACGUAGAUCAUGCCAUGGUCACUUGGAGAUGCCACAGCACCGCAGUGCACAGCCUCUUGCCGUUUUUCGUCGGUCCCCUUCGUCGCCAAGCCCUUGUCUCCAUCACGAGCGAUGGCCAUGCUAAAGUGUGGGAUGUCACUACACUGUCCAGCAACGCUCCACCCGUGUUGAUGUGUCAGCUUUCGGCGGUGUGUCCUAGCAGGAGCGCCGUCACCGCGACUUGUGUGAUAGAACAAGACGAUUGCGUGACAUUUCUCCUGUGUGGAUUUGAAUCCGGGCACGUUGCGAUAUAUCAACUGGAUGCCCGCCAUGCAGCAACCAAGGUGUGCGAGAUGACGUGGACAGUGUUUUCGAAGAGUGACGCGCACCAGCGACGCGUAUCCCGCCUCCGGUCGGUGCCCCAUCCAGGCCAACUGAACCCUCCGUCCAAUAUCAUCAUGCACUGCUCGUUCGUUUCCGCUUCCUUCGACGGCCAUGUGAUAGUGUGGGCACUGGAUGGCCUCAAGAUGGUCAGUCUCGAACGACGGUACUUUGAAUUCCACGGCCCUGUGCUGGACGCUUUCGUGUACGGAGACUCGAUCGUCGUGACGUUGCCACACGAGAUUUGCCGCGUGAAAUUCAUCUCAAACCUCCGACCAGCCAUCAUCCCCACAAAGCCAAAUCAUAUUCAAAUCCAUACUCAAGACGAGCCUACUCGUACUUCUCCACCUACAUCGAGUCGAUGGCAGCAGUUGGAAUGCCAUGUUGCACCGAAUGAAGCAGCCGUGGACAAUGCAACUAUGGCAGAGAUGUUCCCGGACAGUUUGUCCGUCGUGCGUCCUCCUACGCAAAGCCCCACAGAACACGAGUUGAUGGCGGAAGCGAUUCGCCAGUUCUUGGCUAGUACACAUUCGGAGCAUCAAUUCGAAGCUGAAUCGGAAAUCUUCAUUCCGGCCUCGGAUGUCCGGCGCGUAUACAAAAUCUGGCGGGCGUUGGCCCACUCUGAACCCAGCGCAGUGUCUUAUUCUGGCAAGCGGCACGCCCUGUUUCUAAAAACCCACCGGCUGCUGCCGUCGUCCCAAUUGAGCUGGGCCCAAGUCUUAGCUGCAUUAAGCUGGUGCAACACCACAAUUACAUCGUCUAAGCACGAGAACGCGCCACGUCAUCGCUAUGACGCUAUGGGAAAAACCAAAGCCGUUGUAUCCUUCAAUUCUGUGGGUGAAAAGUCGGUGGAGUAUGUGACUGUGUCGAUCCCACCGCCAGCAGCUGGCCAGCCGCGCCUUCGACCAGUGGCCUCCGUGCCGCCGCAUCUCGUGGCCAGUUCCAGGAUUUCCGUGUGGACGCAAAAUAUUUAUUUACCUCGGGACCUUCAACCGUUUUGGCGAACUGAGUGGUGCUGGUGUACGGGCAAACUCGUGUUUCAGAACCCGCCAGACAACCCACGACCUUUGCACGUGAAGUGUGAUACUUGCCAUAAAAAGCAACAUGUUGUCCACUCUGACGCAAUCUUUCCCGCCCGAUCGGUGCUAUCGAUCGUGCAUCAAAUUUACAAGCGACUUCAGCUCGACAACGAAGCCCAACUCCAACCAACGUCGACUCUUGGUGCCAUAGCCUACUCCCUCUUCAAAACCAAAUUCGGCAUGCAAUCAGUCGUGGAGCUCAAACUCACAUGGUUUUGGAUAUCCGUGGCCGAGCACUCGGUGAACUAUGCUGCCAUCAAUGCAUUUGCGCACUGUUGUGACCUCUUCCACGAGUCACCCGCUGUGCCCCUCUGGCUAGUGCAGCUGUACAUCAAGGGGUACUAUUGGCUGCAAUCCCACGGCCUGGUUAGUCUGGGCGAGGGGCUGCCUGGGGCUCAGAGCACCUACGGAGUGGAUGUCGCACACGGGGACAAACAUUCUUGUUGGGAAAUGAUCACCACUAACGCGUGUCGCCUUUGCUGCCAAGACCUGCUCGUGUACCCGCAUGUCCCUCCAAAGUUUGUGUCGAACGUCCUCGCUAAAGCCACGUCAGAAACGUGCUCGGGAACGAUUGAAAUCCACGCGUUCUUGUCGCUGUGGCUGGCGGAAUGGAGAGACACCUGUGUGGCGUACGAAACGUCUGCUACCGCCCUUUUCAACCCGCGAAACCAACCGGCAAUUGCCGACUUGGCCGACGAUUUCCACAAACUCCACGUCCUUUUGGACUGUUUUGUUUACUACGACCGCCGCCGGGACGGGUGUGUCGAUGCUGUCACGUUCACGUCCAUUUUACUUGGUAUGAUCACGUUGUGGCCGCCUCUGGACACAUCGUUCAAUGCGGUCGACAGCAUCGACCGGUUGAUCUGCCGGUAUCAAGACCACGAACGAGAUGGCGCCGUGUGCUACCUGGACAUGUUUUCGCUGCUAUACAUUGUGGCAUUAAAAACCCAAAAGUACUUGGCGUUUUCAGACAUUCACGAGUUUAGCUACGGGUAUAAGUUGGAGCUCGACGACAAGUAUCGAGCAAACAUCGUGGCGUAUAUGGAAUGCUCCAUGUUUCGAACUCCCCCGCUUGGGGUCACAGAGCUCGAGGGUGGGAAUUUGGGAGCCACCAACCAAAUCCAUCACCAUUCGACCGGCAAUUUCCACUGGGAAAAUACCCUCGUUAAGGACAAAGAGGAAGACGGGAUGUCGUCGCUGCGGAUGGAACACUUAGCGCUUCAGGUUAUGCAUCCAGCGUUCCGCGAGCGCGAAGAGUACAACAACACACACUCCACCCAUCACGAACUUCCCUCCGGCCCAUACAUUCCAGAGAGUGCGCUACAACUUGGCGUCGCUCCCAAGUCGACUGUAUCUUCUUCGCUGUUGCGAGAGUUGAUUGAUAAAACACAUGACCCGACGAUUCAAGAAAUAUCGCCGACGAAACCCCUUGUCACACAAUCUCCCGAUCGAAUUAUCCCAGUCAAAGCCAAACCUACCACCGUCCGCUCAGUGGCCAAGACGUACACGAGUCUCUACGUUCAAUUCCCACACACGAGACCGUACAAACAGCAAUCUACUGACAACACUGAGCCCUACGCAGCAUCCACCCCAUUGCUUCCAACUGGUGACAGUGUCUCAUCUUUUCAGUCCAUCGAAGACCACGCGGCGCUAGCCGCCAAUAUUGCUCAUGCCUUGCUACAGGUUACCGAGCCACACGAACAGAAUACCAUCAUCGAUCACAUCUGCGAACAGCAGCCUCCCGCCACGACUGCCUAUAUAUCGGACUGUAAACCCACCAACGAGGCCUCGUCAGAUGGUGCUGCAUCUGUUCAAGCCCAAGAACGCAUGACGCUGGACUUGUCAGAAGGCGAUGUCAUUGAAGAACGAAAUCCUUCUGCGCUUAGGCAGUUCAUCUUGUCGGCCGACGUGUCGCCCUUCGACGAGUCCAAUAUGCUGCUGGCGUUGCCCGAGUUAGAGUUCAGACACCGAAACAGUUGGCAACGUGAAGGGUCUGAUGAGGCGAUGGUGGCCGAUCAAAGCAAUCAAGCAGCAUUCGACGACGUUUCGGACGAAGUUUCACACCAACUUGACACGCCAUUGCGUAACGACGACAGCGAUAGCAGCAGCAAUGGGGCACCCCACGGCAUAUGUGAUGGACAAAACGACGAAGGCGACAUAGACACACGGAACGAACGGCUAUUCCCCCCAGAAGAGCUGCUUUCAUUGACGAUGGAGCCACUUGAAGAUGAUCCAAGCCAACAGCCAGCUAUGGCGAAUGACCACGAGCACCUUGGACAUUUGCUUGAAGCUGCUGGCACUUCGCUGCUACAAGCUCCCAACACAACCAGAUCAAGGCAAACGUCAAUUAGCAGCUCUCCCGACCACAGUCUUUCAGACGACGAGGACUUCGAAGAAGAGGAAACAAGUUAUCCGUUGGUCGAAGUGGUGCCAGUGCCACCGGCGUGUGUGCACGACUACGUAUUAGCCCCCCUCGACUCGAGUUUGGCAUUAUUUAAACAACUCCACCCCGCUCAAUUUAUUCGGAUUUCGUCCGACAUUGAGGAAAUCUCUACCACGAUCAGCGGUGCUCUUUCUCCCGACUUGCAUCCACUCGAACUGAUCGCAACGAAGGACCUAGAAGCGCCCAUUACAUUGGAAGAGGACACACCCGACCACCUAUCCGAAACUCACGAGGACAGUUCCAGUGGAGCCGAGUCGUCGGAUCUGGACGAUGACGACGGUGACGCCGGUGACGACGGAGAUGACCAAGCCCCAAACGACAGAGUUCCAGAAGACAGUAGCAAUACUCCUCCUGCCAUGGAGUCCACUCCAGCACGUAAAUUCAGCCUUCCGCAAGACACACAGGCCCCUGAACCAUUAUUGGACGACUUGACCAAGAAAGCAAAGGGGGCGCCGCGCCGAAAAUCUCGAGUAGCAAAAACGAGAAAGCGAUCCGUGGUGCUCGCUGCGGCGGUCGCGGCAGCCCAGACCAGCACCCCCCCAAGUAAAACCUCAAUCCAACCAGUGAAACGGCGCGAAUUCUUAUUCAGCCACCCCGUGCACUUGAACGUGCAGGCCUUGUACAAGACGCGUUCGAAACCGCAAACGCCCCAGUGGACCCCGUUGGACGCUUCGGACGACGACGACGACGACGAAGAUGGCAAGGGCGUGACGCAUACCACCACCUACGACGACAGCGCGUUCUGCGACAGUGGCAGCGCCCUCGUCGCGGGCGAUAUUUGUCUAUCUCCCCGAUUGGACCAAAGUAUCACCAAUAGAUGGGCCACGCUGUUCGAGUCGGAAGAAAUCGACAUCCACUUUCAAUUGACCGACGCCCUGCGUUCCAUUCACGUCGACUCGGACUCUCCGUCUCCAACAACCAUCGCCAUCGUGUCACCAGGGACUGCCACGUCAUCGCAUGACACAGUAAAGGCCGACAUUCGAAGCAAAACCAAGCGCCGGAUGUCGCUGUUUCGAGCGGACCGCGCUACAAGGGAAUCGAUUUGUCAGCCUAUGCAGCUCCAGCUGGGUGAAUCCGUUCGAGACGUCCUGCAUUCGAACCAGAUGCUAUAUUUUGCGUACCACAACUCGAGCGUGGACGGGAUCGUCACGAUCAAAUUGGAUUGCCACUGCGACGCCGUCGAGCUUUACGUGUCAUCCACGACCACUGCGCCAUGUCCCACAGAUUGCGACUGGCGAUCCAGUUGUUUGGACACUCAUGACAAGCGCGUGGUGAUUUAUCCGGACGACAAGGCGAUCAAAAGCGGAAUGUUCUACGUAUGUGUUGGUGGGUUGAAAGGGACUGAAGAACUGGCGCCGUUUGCAUUAUGCGCCAUGUCGUCCGGCCAAGCGUUGGCCACUAGCGCCUCGAUCGACCACGUCGAUGAAUUGAUCACGCAAUUUCAUGCGUUGGCGAAUAUGGUCACAAAGGACAUGGAAGCCAACACGAACCAAGACGACAAGAGCGAGUACUUGAGCUUGACGCAGCACUACGCGAUGAUCACGACGAAGUCGAGUAGCCGACGGGGCACUAUUGGUAUGCUGCAGGACAACGUUCAACUGGAAGAAGAGGUCGUGGAAGACGACGACGACGAAGGCGACGACAACGAACAGGAUGGCAUGGCACAUUCCAACAUUUUACCGACCGACGAAACCCACGCAUUUGAAGUGCUUUUGGACCGGCUGACAAAUUACAAGGAUGCGACUACAGCCAUCGCUACUGAAGAAAUUGACACGUGUCGCGAUACAAGCUCUGUCACGUCGGACAACUCCAACAGCGAAGUGGAUGAAAAGGCAGCGUUAAAGGCCAUGGUCAAGGCCAUGGUGGCGACGCGACUGGCCGACACCUCCCCACGCAAGGGCGGGGUACAGAGUAAGCUGAUGUCCCGGCGACUGCGUACUCCACAAGUCGUCGCGUACAGCAUCGCAGGAGGAGUUAGUAGCCCUAACUAAGGCCAUGUGUUUUUGAAUGGAU